ACUCAUCAACUUUAUCCUUUCAAUAAUCUUUCUGCAUCGUCUUUUUAAAUUUUUUAAAUAUCUUCAUAGAUUAAAAAGCAACAUGGCAUCUCCCCAACAUCAACAACUGCUGCCUCGCAACACAGAAGCGAGCUGUGACUCGAGCGGAGGCGUCUCGGUGAGGAUUGGCAGUAGUGCCAAACGCAAGCAUGGAGGCGGGCCGCUGGGUUCCAUCGGGGGAGGCUUCAUGGGGGGAUCCAAGCACUGCAAGUACAGCAUUUCCUCCAGCUGCAGCUCCGGAGAGUCCGCAGCCAAGAGGCCCGUGGUCAAGAGCAACCGCCCGCAGAAGAAGAUGCCUCAGCUUUUUGAGAGAUCUGCUGGUCACUUCUGGGACCCAAAGUUUGACUCUUCGAUCCUGGAGGAGGCCUGCAGGGAACGUUGUUUCCCUCAGACCCGGCGGCGCUUCCGCUUUGUGCUCUUUUACCUGAGUGCCGCCGCUCUCCUCUGGGGAUUAUACUUUGCCGCCAACCCUUCCCGCUGCGACAGAACUGCCUUUCUCCUUCCCACCGCGUCCUUCCUCCUCUUCUGCCUCCUUCUCUUCUUCUUAACUUUCACCAAGCUCUACUCUCAAUGGUACAACCAAGUGUCUCUGCUGCUCAUCAUUGUAACCUUCACCCUGACCCUGGCCCCCCAGAUUCAGACGUCAAGCUUCAGGGAGACUGCACUCGAUGUGGAAGAGUUCAGUGGCGUGGGACCCGCAUCCAACCUGUCCGACGACAAGCUCCUGGGCACUAACCCCUGGUCGCCCUGCCUGUCUCCCGUCGGCACCUUCUCCCUCUGUAUCGAGGUUCUUCUGUUGCUGUACAGCGUUCUCCAUGUUCGCCUCUAUGCUUCUGUUUUGCUUGGGUUCCUCUACUCUGUCGUUUUUGAGAGUUUGGGAUGGCUGCAUCUCACCCCGGCCGGGGAAAACUGGAGCUUCGACUCUCAAUCGGACUGGAAUACGUUAUGUUGGCUGGGCCCGGCCAAAGCUCUGCUUCACCUCUGUGCCCACGCCAUCGGCAUCCACCUAUUCAUCAUGUCUGAGGUGCGGUCGCGCAGCACCUUCCUUAAGGUGGGACAAGCUAUCAUGCAUGGCAAAGAUCUGGAGGUGGAGAAAGCCUUGAAGGAGCGUAUGAUCCACUCUGUCAUGCCCAGAAUUGUGGCUGAUGAUCUGAUGAAGCAGGGGGACGAAGAGAUGGGUGAUAACUCUGUGAAGCGGUACUCCACCAGCGGUGCUGCAGCUGCCAUCUCCAGCCCUAAAAACAAUAAGCGCAAGAAAACCUCCAUCCCCCGAGGCCACAUCAUCUUCCGACCCUUCAACAUGAAGCGGAUGGAGCCCGUCAGCAUCCUCUUUGCAGAUAUUGUGGGUUUUACAAAAAUGUCCGCCAAUAAAUCUGCUCAUGCCCUCGUUGGGCUUCUAAAUGACUUAUUUGGACGUUUUGAUCGACUUUGUGAGCUCACUGGCUGUGAAAAGAUCAGUACUCUAGGAGACUGCUACUACUGUGUGGCUGGAUGUCCCGAACCAAGGCCAGACCACGCCUAUUGCUGCGUGGAGAUGGGCCUGGGCAUGAUUCAGGCUAUUGAACAGUUCUGCCAGGAGAAGAGGGAGAUGGUCAACAUGAGGGUGGGGGUCCACACUGGCACGGUACUGUGUGGUAUCCUGGGCAUGAAGCGCUUCAAGUUUGAUGUGUGGUCGAACGACGUCAACCUGGCCAACCUGAUGGAGCAGCUGGGAGUGGCUGGGAAGGUCCACCUGUCACAGGCCACGGCCAACUUCCUGGAUGACCGCUACCAGCAUGAAGAUGGACAAGUCAUUGAGAGAAUAGGACAGAGUGUGGUGGCUGACCAGCUCAAAGGCCUGAAGACCUACCUGAUUUCUGGCAGGAAAGUGGAGCCUCACUCUCUCUGCAGCUGCUCUCAGUUGGGUUUGCCGGAGCAUGCAGAUCGUCGGAGCCCCGCUUCCACGGUGGACACACCCGAUGGAGCCCCUUCAGCCUGCACCCUGCCUCCAGACAGUGCGAAGUCUCCUUGUAUAUCCUGCAGCGUGGUACUGAUACCAGUCGAGGAUCAGGUUCUGGAGGAAGCAACUGUGCCCAAUGGCUGCCAUGACGACCAUAAGACCGACAGCAUCAAGGACAUUCCCAAUCUGAAGUGUUCCCCAGCUGUUUCUGCCGGGCGCAGCCCCAAGGCCCUAAACGGCCUGCUCAGUCCUCAGCUGGAAGCCUUGAACAACAGCCAGACGUCACUCUGUGAGAUGCUGCAGGAGAAGGAGAAGAAGACGUGGAGCGGUGGAACCAUGGGCAUGGACCAUUCAGCGCUCAUCCCUCUACGCUCCAAGAACUUCAGGGAGAGGAGCGAUGCUCACUUUGUGGAUGUUAUUAAAGAGGACAGCCUGAUGAAGGACUAUUUCUACAGACCUCCUAUUAACAAGCUGAGCCUCACCUUCCUGGAGAGGAGCCUGGAGUCUGCUUACCGGAUAAGCUACCAGGAAGAGGUGGAAAUCCAAGCACCAGUGCAGACCUUCGCCAGUCCAACAUUCAGUUCUUUCCUGGACAUAAUCGUGUGCUGUUCAGUGUUUCUGGCUCUCUCACUGGCCUGUUUCCUCCGACCGCUUGUUUCCCAACUGAGUUUGUCCACACCGGCCCUCAUUCUGACCACUGCAGCCGCCCUGUUGGAGGCUCUGGCUCUGCUGUUCGCUGUACGAAUGGCUUUCUACCUGGACAGUGUGCUCAAUUGCACUCGGGUGCUGAUGAGAGUCAUUUCAGGCUGGUUAGCGCGUCACUUUAUAGGAGCCGUCCUUGUGUCCCUGCCCACUGUGGCUGUCUUCUCUCAUGUCGCCUGUGACAUGCAUCUCUCCAUCCAGUUCACCAUGUUCAUCUGCUGUGCCGUCAUCAUAGCUAUCAUUCAGUACUGUAACUUCUGCCAACUCAGCUACUGGAUGCGCUCAGUUCUAGCGACUUUGGUGGGACUAGCACUGCUGGCCUCGCUCUUCAGCUCCCCCUGCGGUGGUGCUAAGAGUCUGUUUUUCUGGUCAGAUAGCCUGAGCAACAGCAGCAGCAACAGCUCUUUCAUCAUGUCUACCAGCCCAGCAGACCCAGACCCACAGGACCUGCUGGGCCCUGAGGCCUGUGUGGCCUUUUUCCUGGUCCUUCUCCUCAUCUGGUUCCUUAACCGUGAAUUUGAGGUCAGUCACCGCCUGCAUUACCAUGGCAACAUGGAGGCUGAUCAACAUCGCAUCAAGAUCCAGAACAUGAGGGACCAGGCCGACUGGCUGCUUCGCAAUAUCAUCCCUAUCCAUGUGGCCGAGCAGCUGAAGGUCACCCAGAGCUACUCCAAGAACCACGACAAUGUGGGCGUAAUAUUUGCCAGCAUUGUUAACUUCAGUGAGUUUUAUGAGGAAAGCUACGAGGGAGGCAAGGAGUGUUAUCGCGUCCUCAACGAGCUCAUCGGAGACUUCGAUGAGCUGUUACGGAAGCCUGCCUUCUCAAAUAUGGAAAAGAUCAAGACCAUCGGCGCCACAUACAUGGCAGCAGCAGGACUCAAUGCGCAGCAGUGUGCAGAUGCCCCACAUCCUCAUGCCCACCUGCGCGCUCUUUUUGAAUUUACCAUGGAAAUGAUGCGUGUGGUGGACGACUUCAACAAGAACAUGCUGGGCUUCGGCUUCAAGCUUCGCAUCGGAUUUAAUCACGGGCCUCUAACAGCCGGGGUGAUUGGCACCACCAAGCUCCUCUACGACAUCUGGGGCGACACGGUCAACAUCGCCAGCCGGAUGGACACUACAGGUGUGGAGUGUCGUGUCCAGGUCAGCGAGGAGAGCUAUUGUGUGCUCAGUGCCAUGGAUUAUGAGUUUGAUUACCGUGGCACAGUCAACGUCAAAGGCAAAGGGCAGAUGAAGACCUUCCUCUACCCAAAGAGCAGUGACAGUGGCCCUGUGCCCCAGUACCAACUCUUCGUCUCACCAGAGAUCCGGGUCCAGGUGGAUGGUAGCAUCGGGCGCUCGCCCACUGAUGAAAUUGCCAGCAUGGCGCCGACAACCAGCAUAACUGUAAGCAUCACGGCAAUAACACCCGGUGCCAUCGCCGGUUCCUCUACUACCACCGGGCCUAACCAUGAGAAACAGGUAGACAGCCGUGACAGACGUCCCUCUACGGAGACCUCUCACGCCAGGCGUUCUAUGUCUCACCUAAAAACACCUUCUCCUUCUGCAAAUAACAGACAGCUCAUCUCACUCUCGGUCCAGCAAAAUGCACCCCGAAAUUCCACAACAAUGUCCCAGAAAGACAUCAAGAAGGACACAUGCGAUGGUGAUUCUGACAGUAAUGUUGGAGAGUUAACCAGACUUUAAGAAUUUGCGACAAUAGCCCUUAAAUCAUAAAUCCUCGACCCUUUAAGCUCUUGUUCCUGCCGGUUGGCAUUCGUAGAAUCGCUGUACAUUUGGACCUACCCAAGGUUAGAAUUUGAGAAAAAGACUCACAGGCCUCUGCUCUGCAUCAGCCAGGCAGCAGGUGUUUUUUUUACUGUCCAUCUGAUUGGCUGAUGUUUUCAGUGGGGGGGAUGUAGCUGGACCACAGAGUGUCAGGCAGAAACACUCAGAGGAAAUGGGAAGAAGUGACGGGUGACUCUGUACCUUCUCUUGCCUGGAUCCCAUCUUCUCCAAUUAACUUACUUGAUUAUCUGUAUACCUUUAAUCUGAAGUAUUUCUUUAUGUCUUUAAAGUGCCUUUAGAGUAGCUUAAUGUGUAGACUAAGCCUUUCUAAAUAAGGAAAGCAUAACCUAAAGGGAAAACUGUAAAAAAGCAAACUUUUUAGAAAAAACCGCAUAGCUUUAAUUGACUUUAUUUUGUAAACUAAUGCUAUGAUAUUUUGCCUUUUAUCAAAGAGGAUCUUUAUGCUACAGCGCGAGGAGAAAAAUCUGCACUAGUGCCGGUUUCUGUGUUCUUUAUGAGAAGGCACAGCGGAGACUAAACGAUGAUCAGGGCCGAGGGGCCGAGCUGCGUGUCAUAUGAGUGUAUUUGCAUGCGUACAGUGUGUGUGACUGAGAGAGUGUGUUUGUAUGUGUCUUGUUAAGCAACAAGAACAUGCCGGGUUUAUUGAGGAGAGGUUCUUGUGAGUUACUCCAGUGACUUGAUGAAACUGCACAAUGAUAAUAAAUAGUUUAGGUCUGCAGUCGAAAAAAAAAAGUUCUGGUUGCCGAUGUGGCUAAUUAUUUCUCUGGCCUCGUUUAAGAUAUUUGUACUGCCUUAGUACUGAGGCAUGAUGGUCUCAGCUCCAUUUAAUCAGCAUGCUUGCAACAACAGUUAUGUAGACAAGGUUAACUCUGGCUGAUGUGUGCGCCCUUCCCCGUGAUCCUGGUUCUUAUGGGAACCCCGGCUGUGUUAAGUGUCGAUGAGUAUUUCGAGGAUGCCACAAGGCACCGCUGUACCUGUAGAGUGUGUUGACAGUAGAUCAAUUAGAGAAAACAACUCCCUCGGUUUCGCUAUGAAUUGCACUGUGUUUGUUGACAAGGCUUUUAAGAAAUGGAUAAUCAAAGUGGAAUGUCACAGAUCAAAACGAAGUGUUUUAUUGUAUUUAUUUUGACACAAAACUUGAACUGUUUAUGUGAAGCUUCCCUCUCCAAUGUCUAGGAUUUGAAAGAUAUUACUAGAUGGAAACCGUUAAACACAUUAGCUGCUUUGCAAUUUUAAUGGCAUGAAACACAAUGUGAUAGCACUGUAAAUGCAAAGGCAGUGCAAUUUUAUAUUAUAGGUGUUUUUAUCUAUAUUUUAGAUUGUAUGCUAUUAUAUCAUGUUACUAAGGAAAUCUAGAUGAUUAAACUGCACAUCUCUGUUGCUGUUACAGUUUCCCUCUCUCGCUGUUUCUUAGGAUUGUGUGCUCGGGGGCCAAAAGGUUUUACCAUGAAAUCCACUUCAGUGUCUUAUUUUGGACAUUUCAAUAUCUGCAACAACACCUUAAUCUCAUUCUGUUAAAUUACCAUUUCAUAAUUUCUACGUUUAGGUACUAAAGCAAACAAGUCAAAUACAGCAGUAAAAAAAGUAUCAAGUUUGCCCUCUUUGAUCAUCAAAUAAUGUAUUUCAAGUGCUACAUUUAACGUUACUCUGAUGAUUCAAUAUUUUUCUAUGUUUGAAGAUAAGGUUGCUUGUGCCUUGAUUUUUCUUACUUUUUCUCCUCUGUCUGCUCAGAGUGGCUUUAAUUUUUUAAGACAAUAAAUAUUUCUCAAAGGCUCAUGGGAAGCAGGAGAAUGUUCACAAAUACUUUUUAAUGGUUUAGUUUUUCUACGGUCAUGACAUUUGAGUAGUGCCUUUUCUUAAUGCAAACAACGAAAUGGAAACAUACCAAACAUAUUCAACAUUAAUUAGCCUGAGAGAAAUUGUUUUAUCUCUUGCUGUUCGGCCUCCCAUUGUGAUCUUUGCCUAUUGCUCGGAUAGAGUUGGGUUGAUUUAAAUGCAAUAAUAAUAAGUUUGUGAGGAGAAAUGACCUUCUUUUUACGCCCAUGAGCACACAAUCCUUGUACCAGCCCAACAUUUGUGUUCGUUAAACAACAAUAAAAGGACGCUUAUCAUAAUUAUUGUCAUUAUCCAUGGUCAAGUUCUUAAUAGAGGUUAUGGUACUUGAGUGACAGAUAAAGCAAAUAAGGUCAAUUUUUAUUCAAAUUUUUUAAAGCCCUUUUGAAUUACGAGAUAUUUAAGAACUCUGAAAUAGAAAGUUGUGUGACAAACAGUAACACUUAGAUAGAUGCGUCAACUCAUAGUCUUGAUGUCCUUAAUGUGCAGGUUGGUUGUGCAUGUUCAAGGAAGGUCAUUCAUAUAUUCAAUGUUAACACACAUUUGCACAAGACGCUCACUUUUUAUGUACAGUAUGCCUUAAUAUUGUAUAUUAUCUGAUCAUUUUCUAUUAUUUAUACAAGCGCAUGUACUAGACUAGAGUAUUAAAUAGUCUAAAGAACUGGGUUAUUUUAAGAAUGUUAAAAUAAUACUUGUGUGUUCUGUUUGCCUGCAUGUGUGUAAAAACAAUGUAUGAGUGUUUGUAAAACUGUGUGGUUGUAUGUGUUUUGGAAGGGAUGCUCAAGACUUAUCAUUUCAAUAAGUAAGUCAGUAAGGCUUCAAUCAAUACAGACAUCUGUUUUUCUUUAAUUCAUCCUGACCAAAUAAAAAGGGGGCGAGAUACUACUAGAUGUCUGCAGGUAGGCAGUGUUUAAGUAGCCUGCCACAGCCAAGUGUAAUGACUUUUUUGCUUUCUUUGGUACAGGUUUUGUAUUUAGCAUGCUGAUAGGUAUGCGAGUGAAGGUUAAAACUCAAUAAAGUCAGUUGCUGGAAAA